ACGAUUACAAACAAAGGGGGAAAGGGUGCCCGUUUCUUGGUCUUCAUCUGAAUGAGAGAGAGAACGGAUCGAAGGAAGAUUGGGGAAGCUACGGCGGUGGCUGGCGAUCGCGAGGAGGGGCUGACCUGAUCCAUAUAACACAAUCGAAGGGGAAAGGAUUUUUGGUCCUUGGCAGAUCGAAGAAGACAAACGGAAGGAAUGAAAACAACAAAUAAGGGUGGAUCGAUGGUGGUUAUCAAAUCACGAAGGGUGGGAGAGCCGACUGGAAGUUGUCGCCUGCGAUAGGGGCAGCGAAGGGAGAGGGUCUCCGGUCUUUGACCGAUUGUGAAGAAGAAGAAAGGUAUAAAUCGAAAAGAGGUCUUCGGAUCUUUAAUCGAUCGAGAUAAAAAAAAAGGAACUGAGACAACAAAAGGGACGACGGUAGUGGCAAACCAGAAAAAUACCUCUGGUGCUCGACUCUCUCGAAGAAAGAAGAAGAGAAGGAUGUGAGGGGCUGCUGGCUCUCUCGUGCUUGUAUCAGAAGGAGAAGAAAAACACACACUUGAGUGUGUGUUCAUGGCAGAAAUCAAAGAAGAAGAAUGAUAGUAGCAACAAUAUUUCAGCGGGUGUUUGGCUGGUUCGUUUGGCAAAAAGUAGAGGCAAACAAAGGUUGCUGCCCCUUUGCUCACCGGAAAAAGCAACCACCUCUGGUGGUGUUUAUUGACAACAACACAAAGAGAGGGAAGUGAGGUGAGGAAAGAUUGAGCGAAAUGUAGAUUUUCAGGUGACUUUGAUGAUCGAACUGAACAAAUCGAUAAUCGAUAAAGGACUUUGGUGAGGAAAGAUUGAGUGAAGUUUGCAUGAUAGCUUAGAGUGUUCGGUAUGGGACCAACGAGAAGCAACGCGUCUGACAUGGCUCGACCGCAACGGCUGCGUAACGGGGGAACACCGCCCCUGCUCGUUGCAACUCGUUUAAGGCGCAUCUCGUUGGCGUGGCGACGGGAAGAAACGGAUCUUUUGACUGUUUGAUACAACGGUUUAAAAAAAAAAUUAAUUAUUAAAAAAACCAAUUUAUUAUCCUAUAAAUACCUCCUAUUUUAUUUUAAAAUUUUCACAUUUUCUCUUCUCUUUUUUACGUACUUUCAAUUAUUUUCAAAAGAAAAUAUGGAUCUUUUCGACUCGUCUGAUGAUUCAGAUGACGAUAUUUUCUUUAGGAUAAUGUAUCAUUAUUACACUACCGAUCUGCUAUAAUCAGACCCAGCCCCGCUACUAACAAGACAUGCGAUGUUAAACAGAAAUCGCGAGGAAGGACACGAACAUCUAUAUCGCGAUUAUUUUGCGGAUAAUUGUGUAUACGGGGCGAAGGACUUCAAAAGAAGAUUUCAUUUGAGUAGGGAUGUGUUCUUACGAAUCGCCAACACCUUGGAAAGCCGAUGUAGACGCGGGUUUACAACGUUGCAGAAAUGUGCUGCGGCCAUUCGUUUGAUGGCUAUGGGGGAGUCACCCGACACCAUGGACGACUAUAUGAGAAUGUCCGAAAGAACCGCAAAAGAGAGUUUGUAUACAUUGUCAAGGGGUGUUGUUGAAACUUUUGGUGACGUGUAUUUGCGGAAACCUUCGUUGCAUGAUUUGCAAGAAUUGUAUGCAGCGCAUGAAGAACGCCAUUGGUUUCCCGGAAUGAUCGGAAGCAUUGAUUGCACACACUGGAAAUGGAAAAAUUGUCCGGUAGCAUGGAAAGGGCAAUACGCAAGUGGUCAUCACGGAUCACCUUCUUUGGUGUUAGAGGUUGUCGCUUCUCAAGAUUUAUGGAUUUGGCAUGCAUUUUUUGGGGUUACGGGUUCCAACAACGAUGUCAACGUUCUUGAUCAGUCGUCAAUAUUCGACGAUCUUUUGAAUGGAAAAGCCUCGGAUGCUCCUUUCACGGUGAAUGGAAACGAAUACAAAUAUGGGUAUUACCUUACAGAUGGAAUAUAUCCUCAGUAUUCCACAUUCGUGAAGGCAUUCCGCCACCCGGUUGAAGAACGAGACAAAUUUUUUAAGAGAAGACAAGAAGGAGUACGUAAGGAUGUGGAACGUGCUUUUGGAGUGCUGAAGGCGAAGUGACAUAUAGUCGAACAUGCAGCACGACCAUUGGAUUUAAAAACUUUACGAUAUAUCAUGUAUGCAUGUAUCAUAAUGCAUAACAUGGUAGUAGAGGAUAAAUGGCGAAAUAUUGCACACUGUAUCCCAACGGAGCCCAGACACGUUUAGUUUCAACUAGGAACAUCAGAUUAUUUGCAUCGCGUUGUUGACAUUCAGGACGCAAAUAAACACAGACAACUUCGAGAGGACUUAGCGGAUCAUAUCUUCCAUGGUAAGAAUAAUGAUAACGAAUAAUGUUGUAUUUUUUUUUUUGAAUUUGGAUGUUAUUUUGUUUUUAUUUUUGUUUGUUUUUGGAUAUUAUGUGUAAUUUAGUCUUUAUGUUAAUUUUAAUUUUUAGAAAAUUUUAAUUGUUUUUUAUACUUUUUAAACAUUAUGUUUUAUUUAUUUUUAAUUUAAAAAAUAUUUGUCUCAAUUUUAAAAAAAAUCGAAAUAAAUAAAAUAAAUUAUAAAAUGAAAAAAAAGUUGGUGUCAUAACAAGAUAUAACAUAUUGCCAAUUUCCUCACUUGGUGUUAUAACACCAUUGAUGAUGUGGCACCAAAAUGAUGUUGCAUCUAGUUACCCACA